AUAAGAUUAUGAAUACAACAAUAUCACAAUUGAUACGCUCACGAAGUGAAAAAAAAACAUAAGGCAGAGAGGGAGCGAGCGAGAGAGAGACACACACAACGCAAUCAUGAGUCAAACCGGUGUGAUAAAAGAUCAGAAGCUUCUUCUUCUUCAGAAAAAGAAAAGCAAAAGAAACCUAAUCGAAAUCUUGAUGGGAUCCAUCGUGAAGCCACUGUUGGGAGACAACCUAACCACAAUAGGAUCAAACAUUGCAGGUCUACUCUUCAUCAUCGAAACCCUAAGAAGAUACUUCCCUGGACAGCUCAAGGUCACGAUCCAACAACUCCUCGUCAACGCAAUCCACCGGUUACCCUUUUUCAAGAAGUGCGCCGACAAGACUCUUGCCUACUUCUCACCUUACGCUCAGAUCAGGUUCAGAGAAAUCGAGGAGUACAGAUACAACUACGCUUACUCUGCCAUCAAGACCUACCUUGGCGCGCAAGUUAACCCUCAAGUGAAGAAUCUCAAGGGUAGCCAGAUGAGGGGGAGAGAGUCUUUGGAUUUCAAACGUGACGAUGAUAAAGUUGAGGAUGAGUAUGAAGGUGCGAAGAUGUGGUGGGAGGAUCUAAAAUCCACGGACGGUGUUAAGAUGUGUAGGCUUACUUUCCAUAGAAGUAACUGGGAGGUAGUGACUGGUGCUUACUUGAGCUACGUUGUGGAAGAAGGCAAGUCCAUUGAAGAAAAGAAGAAGACGGUCAGGAUCUUUAUGAACAACCCAAGUUCCAACUGGAAGCUGCAGAUGAAACAUCUGUGGAGUAGCAUUGACUUCGAGCAUCCAGCAACGUUUGACACAAUGGCUAUGGAUCCUAAAAAGAAAGAUGAGAUUAUGAGUGAUCUUUUAGAGUUUAGAGAAGGUGAAGAGUAUUAUAAAAAGAUUGGGAAAGCUUGGAAGAGGGGUUACUUGUUGCAUGGACCUCCAGGGACAGGCAAGUCCACCAUGAUAGCAGCUAUGGCGAAUCUGAUGAGUUAUAGUAUCUAUGAUCUUGAGCUAACUUCCAUAGAAAACAACUGGGAGCUCAAGAAGCUGUUGCUAGCGACGAGUAGUAAGUCAAUCAUUGUGAUUGAGGAUAUAGACUGUUCCUUGGACCUCACGGGAGAGAGGGGAGUAAAAGAAGAUCAUCAGAGCAAUGCAGAGAUCAAGAGAGAGAAGAAGAAAGAGAAUUCAGUUACACUCUCUGGAUUGUUGAACUUUAUAGAUGGGAUUUGGUCGGCUUAUGGACAAAAGAGGAUACUUGUGUUCACAACGAACCAUUUGGGAAAACUUGACCAAGCUUUGAUCAGAAGAGGAAGGAUGGAUAUGCAUAUAGAGUUGUCUUAUUGCAGAUUUGAAGCGUUCAAGAUUCUUGCUAAGAACUAUCUGAAUCUUGAUUCACAUCCCUUGUUUGGUGAGAUUGAGACUUUGCUGGAAGAAACGAAUAUGACACCGGCUGAUGUUGCGGAGAACUUGAUGGUGAAAUAUGGUGAAUCUGGUGUUGAUGGAUCACUCAAGGGUUUGGUCCGAGCUUUGGAACAGAUGAAGUUGAACCAACAUUCAAAUGAACAACAGAAGGAGAUUGAGUAUUUAACCAAACAAUAAGAUUCUAGUAGUUUUAUUAUGUAUUAUAGUCACCAGUUUCUAGCUUCUAA